UGCGUUCUACACCAUUAUUCACCAUCGCGCUUGUCUUUUUUUUAGUAUUUCUCAUUACUAAAGUAGCACAUAAAAUAAUACAAUUUAUGACGAUUUAAUUAAAACUAAAGUAUUUAAGGGUAUUAAGUAAAUGUACAUAGUUCAAAGUGUCGUUUUCUGGUUGCUGGGAAUUUGUCAAAAAAUAGGAGUGCAGCGGACUACCUCCUGAUCUAACCAAGUAAAUGCAAUUUGGAUAUAAUUUAGAGAAAUAUAAUUCCUGCGCGUCGAUAAUCAGUAACAAUGGAAGACGGCCACGCUAAAACCGUCGAACAAGCCUUGAACUUUUUUGGCACAGACUCUGAACGCGGACUUACAUUGGAACAAGUUAAAGCCAAUCAAAAAAAAUAUGGUCCAAAUGAGCUGCCUACGGAGGAAGGAAAAACUAUUUGGCAACUUGUUUUAGAACAAUUUGACGAUCUUCUUGUGAAAAUUCUGUUAUUGGCCGCUAUCAUUUCUUUUGUCUUAGCUUUAUUUGAAGAGCACGAGGAUACAUUCACAGCAUUUGUAGAACCUUUAGUUAUUCUUUUAAUUUUGAUAGCAAAUGCCGUCGUAGGUGUAUGGCAAGAACGAAAUGCUGAGUCUGCAAUCGAGGCCCUCAAAGAAUAUGAGCCAGAAAUGGGUAAAGUAGUUCGUCAAGAUAAAUCUGGAAUUCAGAAAAUUAGAGCGAAGGAAAUUGUUCCUGGAGAUAUAGUUGAAGUAUCCGUUGGAGAUAAAAUUCCUGCUGAUAUUCGACUAACACAUAUCUACUCCACUACUUUACGAAUCGAUCAAUCAAUUUUGACUGGUGAAUCGGUGUCUGUUAUAAAACACACAGAUCCUAUUCCUGAUCCACGCGCCGUUAACCAGGAUAAAAAGAAUAUUUUAUUUUCGGGUACAAAUGUGGCAGCUGGUAAAGCUCGAGGCGUGGUCAUUGGUACGGGUUUGAAUACAGCGAUUGGCAAAAUUCGCACAGAAAUGUCAGAGACAGAGGAAAUUAAAACUCCAUUACAACAAAAAUUGGACGAAUUUGGCGAGCAGCUGUCAAAAGUGAUUUCUAUUAUUUGUGUUGCUGUAUGGGCAAUAAAUAUUGGUCAUUUCAAUGAUCCCGCUCAUGGCGGUUCGUGGAUAAAAGGUGCUAUAUACUACUUCAAGAUUGCUGUAGCAUUGGCUGUUGCUGCUAUUCCAGAGGGUUUACCAGCUGUAAUUACAACUUGUUUGGCUUUGGGAACCCGCCGCAUGGCAAAAAAAAAUGCUAUUGUUCGUUCAUUGCCAUCUGUAGAAACAUUAGGUUGUACAUCGGUGAUUUGCUCAGAUAAGACUGGCACAUUAACUACAAACCAAAUGUCGGUAUCAAGAAUGUUUAUUUUCGAAAAGGUUGAAGGUAGCGACAGUAGUUUCCUCGAGUUUGAACUGACUGGAUCAACAUAUGAACCUUUGGGUGAGCUCUUCUUGGGAGGCCAACGGGUAAAAGCUUCGGAAUAUGAAGCCCUUCAGGAGUUAGCUACUAUUUGUAUUAUGUGCAAUGAUUCCGCAAUCGAUUACAAUGAGUUCAAACAAUGUUUCGAAAAGGUUGGUGAAGCCACAGAAACGGCUUUAAUUGUACUUGCUGAAAAAUUGAAUCCAUUCAGUGUCAAUAAGACUGGCCUCGAUCGUCGUUCCGCCGCUAUUGUUGUGCGUCAAGAAAUCGAAACGAAGUGGAAAAAGGAAUUCACUCUUGAGUUCUCCCGUGACCGUAAAUCAAUGUCUUCAUACUGUACACCACUGAAAGCAUCCCGAUUGGGAACUGGUCCAAAAUUAUUCGUAAAAGGGGCGCCCGAGGGUGUUUUGGAACGUUGUACACAUGCACGUGUUGGAACAAGCAAAGUGCCACUGACUUCAACUCUUAAGAGCAAAAUUUUGGCUUUGACUGGACAGUAUGGUACUGGAAGAGAUACUUUGCGUUGUCUUGCUCUAGCUGUAGCGGAUAGUCCUAUGCGGCCAGAUGAAAUGGAUUUGGGAGAUUCCACCAAAUUCUAUCAAUAUGAAAUAAAUUUAACAUUUGUUGGUGUCGUGGGUAUGUUGGAUCCUCCACGUAAAGAAGUUUUCGAUUCUAUUGUACGUUGCCGAGCAGCAGGCAUCCGAGUAAUUGUAAUAACUGGUGAUAACAAGGCAACCGCUGAAGCAAUUUGCCGUCGCAUCGGUGUUUUCGGUGAAGACGAAGACACUGCUAAUAAAUCAUAUUCCGGUCGUGAAUUUGAUGAUCUUUCACCCGCAGAGCAAAAAGCGGCUUGUGGCCGAGCCCGGCUCUUUUCUCGCGUAGAGCCACAACACAAAUCAAAAAUUGUUGAAUAUCUACAAAGCAUGAAUGAAAUUUCUGCUAUGACUGGUGAUGGUGUCAAUGAUGCCCCUGCUCUUAAGAAAGCUGAAAUUGGCAUUGCAAUGGGUUCAGGUACUGCUGUAGCUAAAUCAGCCGCUGAGAUGGUGUUGGCUGAUGAUAACUUCUCAUCCAUUGUAUCUGCUGUUGAAGAAGGUCGUGCUAUUUAUAAUAACAUGAAGCAAUUUAUUCGUUACCUUAUUUCUUCAAAUAUUGGCGAGGUUGUGUCUAUCUUUUUAACCGCUGCUUUAGGAUUACCCGAAGCUUUGAUUCCUGUACAACUAUUGUGGGUUAAUUUGGUAACAGAUGGUCUUCCAGCAACUGCUCUCGGAUUCAAUCCCCCUGACUUGGAUAUUAUGGAGAAACCUCCACGCAAAGCCGACGAAGGUCUUAUUUCUGGAUGGUUGUUCUUCCGAUACAUGGCUAUUGGUGGUUAUGUUGGUGCUGCCACAGUUGGUGCUGCAGCUUGGUGGUUCAUCUUUGCUGAGACAGGCCCUCACUUAACCUACUGGCAACUGACACAUCAUUUGUCAUGUACUGGUACAGGAGAUGACUUUAAAGGAGUAGACUGUAAGAUAUUCAGUGAUCCUCAUGCAAUGACCAUGGCUUUAUCCGUGCUUGUUACAAUUGAAAUGCUGAACGCUAUGAACAGCCUUUCAGAAAAUCAGUCCCUUAUUACUAUGCCCCCAUGGUGCAAUAUGUGGCUAAUUGGUUCAAUGGCUCUGUCCUUCACACUUCAUUUUGUUAUCCUUUAUGUGGAAGUCCUUUCUACCGUUUUCCAAGUAACCCCAUUGUCAGGGGAAGAGUGGCUAACUGUGAUGAAAUUUUCAAUUCCUGUAGUUUUAUUAGAUGAAACGCUGAAAUUCGUUGCUAGAAAGAUUACUGACGGUGAGAGCCCAAUUCUAAAAAUGCAUGGGAUUGUUUUGAUGUGGGCCGUUUUCUUUGGCCUCUUGUAUGCAAUGACGCUUUAAAUAGUUGGUUUAAAUAACUUACAUACAUACAUAAUUCUAGCAAAAUUAGAUAAAAUAACUAUUUAAUUAAAAUUCUAUACUAAUUUCCAUAUGACAUAUACAUAUAUAUUUAAACUUUAA